CUUUGUCAAAAAACUCCAUUUUACAGGAAAAUGGCGGUGAACGUAAAGAAGAACUUGUUGUGAACUCAAAUAUUCACCGGAUUUGAAGUUUGCCUGAGAAAAUAGAAUGCAGUAAUUGCUGUUUUUAAUGAGUGAAUACUUACCAAUAUAAAUUAUCCUUCAUAAUGAGCAGUAGUACAUUAAGAAGAACUGGUGGUCGUACCUAUGGUCGAGGUAAAGAGAGUCCAGCUAGUCGUGCCUUUGAUGAACUGAUCAGUAAUAAACCUGCCCCCAUUAAAGCAGCUUCUACCAGUACAAAAUGGGGAAAGACAAACUUUAUAGCCGUCAGAGAAAGUCCGAGAAAGAAGAUGCAAGCAGCUUCUGCAUCUUCAUCGGCUUCCUCGUCACCACGUAAAGCUGUAGCACCAAAAGUAGAUCUCUCAUCUGAAGAUGUGUUUUGCUUUGAAUCUGAAGGAGAUUCACCCAGAAAGGGAAAAUCUAGCGUAGCACGAGGACCCACUUCUAAGAAUACAAAACUACCUGCCACACGGAUUGCUGUAACGACACAACCUGAAGAUGAUCCUUAUACCUCCUCAUCACCAGCAGCAUCAGUAAUCUUGAAAUCACAGGAAGAUGAAAGUGAUGUACAGGUGGCAUUCUCCACAGAAAACAUCCGUCGUUCAACAAAAACAUAUUCCAAGACGACCGCUGUUAUUAACAGAAACCCAUACACACGAACGCCAAGUAUUAUUAAAUCAUCUGAUUCUAUUACUCUUGUUAGUCUUACAACGCCUCCUACUUUAGAAUCAGAAUCACAGCCUUCUUCUGAAGCCCCAUCAGAAGCCCUAUCUGAGCAUGAUGCAUUUGGUUUUAGUCAACUUGAUGCACCUCCCACACUAAGUCCCUAUGAUGCAUCAGAAGAGGAGGUCAAACAGGAAGUACCUAUAAGAACAUAUGGUAAAGCUAAAAAAGUUGACAAAACAAUGGCAGGCUGGAGUAAUUAUGAAGUUCCUAAGAAAGUUCGAAAUUCCAAAUAUAACAAUCCAAAACUGUUAGAGAACUUUAAAAGAAUGUGGGACUCAAAUCAAAAGAAUAAACCCAAUGCUGAUGUCGGAGGAUUUGCUCACAGCAAUGUUGUCUCUAAAAGCCAGUUUAAAAGUGGUGACAAAACAACUAUGGUGGUUGUCUGCAAGCCAAAAGUUGUAUCCAAAGCUGAAGGUGAUGUCCAAACUAAAUAUUUUGGUCAGCCAGGACGCGAAUUUCCAAGAGGAUAUAAACCAAAUGUAGUUGUUGGUGUUACUGAUUCUUCUACUUCACAAGAAGAUUCAAGUCCCUUGAAAUAUGGAGAUAGCGCUGAAACAUCAUCAAAAAGUGACUUCCCACAAACUAGUCCAUCUGUACAAUCCACAUCUCAAUCGAGUUCGCAGGCAUCUGCAGACCCACCUGCUGUAGACAAUGAUGAAAUAUUUGACAUCAGUACAAAAUCCAAACCGAUUCCAGCCUCUUCAUUAAAACCUGUGGUACCUUCAAGAGGAAAUCGUAUAUUUCGCUCUAGGGGAGCAAAAAAUGAUAAUUCAUAUCAAGAGGAAGAAGCUCCAAAUGAAGAGGACACUUCUUCAGCUCCUGUGUCCCAGGAAGAUGAACCUAUGCCUUCAGCAGUCAAGCCUGUGAAAAGUGGUUACAGGAUCUUUAAAUCUAGAGCACCCAAACAAACUGAGGUUAAAGUUGAACAAACUAUGGAAUAUGUGUAUAUUAUGAGUGAGGAUGAUGUGUUAAUGGUUGAUUCUGUUGCCGUCAAUAAUCCAGAUGAACCGCCAGUUUUAAUUCGAAGUGACACCCUUCCUAUUCAGGACUCCUCGGACAUUGACAAUAAUAGUGUUGACUCGAGAAAUAAUUCUCAAAAAUUAAACAAUGUAGAUGAAUCUGACGUAGAUUCUCAAGGAAAUGCAUCAGAAGAUUCUCGUGAGAAUGUGAAUCUUGAAAGUGUGGACUCUCCUUCUAGUGAUGUGCAACCGUUGACCAAAACAAGGAAAAUAUUUAAAACACGCAAUUCCAAGAAAAAUACCAAUCAACCCACACAAUCACCGUCAAAAGCUAUUUACAAUGCUCGGUCAUGGCAGAAUGAGGAUUUGUCUCCAGAGGCACAGGGUACUAUUGUAUUGGUUAAAACUAAUAAACAGAAGAGAAAGGCAGUAGAUAAUGAUGUUGUUGAUGAUGUACCAACAUUAAAAAUGAAACGUAAUGUACACUGGCCAACACAAGAAGGAGAAGAAGCUUAUACAUCUCUGAAAGUUAAUAAAGAACAUAAACAGUUAUUUACGGUCGUACGUAAUGUCAAAGAAUCAUUUGAAAUGCAAGAAUCGGGUGAAACACAGGAGUUUACGGAUGAUGUGGAAUAUUUAUUAGAUAGCUUAAAAAAUACAGAGCCUAUCUCUAUUAGAUGUAUUAGUUGUAUUCAGUUAGCUCAGAAAUGUAAGCUGCCAGCAUUCCGAAUGCAUCUUCGAGCUCAUGGAACAGUAACUAAAAUAUUCACUAUGUUACAUGAUGCUUGUAUUGAUCCAAGUUUAUCAUUAUGUACAGCUACCAUUAUGUUUAUGUUGAGUCAAGAUCGCCUUAAUAUGGAUCUGGACACUGAAAGUCUUAAUCUCAUGUUAAGACUUCUUGAAGUGGACAGCGACAAAGAAAGAGAAAAACAAUACGACUCCAAUACACGCAAGGAAUUAGAAAAAAAUAAACUAAAAAUUAAAGAGUUAUGUGAACAGUUACAGAAAGCUGGUUUAGCAAAAACUCUGGAUUUAGAUAGUUUAACUACUGGUAAUUUAGCUAUGGAAUCAUUAUUAAGUUUAACGUCUCGUAAAGCUGGUGAAUGGUUUAAGGAAGAGUUGAGAUCUCAGGGAGCGUUAGAUCAUGUUGUAGACACAAUUGCAUCAUGCUCUAAAUGUGCUGAAGAUGUUUUACAGAGGGAUAUAGUUAAAACAUUACCAGUACUCAAAAAAUUAGAUAGAUGUCUAAGAGUCUUAGAAAAUAUAACCUUUAUGAACACAGAUAAUCAGAGUUAUUUAAUAGAUUAUAAAUCAGCUAUACUUGUUACAUCAUUAUGUUGUGCUUUAAAAGGCUGUGUAGAAUGUUUACCAUACCAUCCUGUUAUGGAAGAUCCUGAAGAAAAUAAAGAAGUGAAAGAAUCAAUUGGUUGGGUGGUGUUUAACUGUAUGUUGGCCGUUUUACGAGUAUUGCUGAAUGUAACUCAUGACAACGAUAUUGGAAGUGCUAAAGUUGGGGAACAAGAUGCAGUGAUAAAUGUUGUAUUAGAGUGUAUACUCAGUACUCCACAAUAUAUACCUCAAGAACAGAAAUUUGACUUAUUAGUUCUGAGUUUGGGUUUAUUGAUAAAUCUGGUUGAACACAGUGAAAUGAAUCGACAGAUAUUAAUAGAAUCUGAAGUUAGUACAGUAAUAGAUGGUGCAACAUAUAUUAAAACUGGUAUCAACUGUUUAGUAGAGUUAUUCUGUGAAAGAGAAGAGGCAGCUAGGAUGAUGGAAGAUAAAGAAGAAGAAGAAGAAGGAGAAAGUAAAGAAGAAACGAAAGAUGAAGCAUCAGCUCAUAACAAGAGUGGUGAAUGGCAGGAAACAGAAGCUGGAGUACAAUGGAUUGUAAAAUCAGCCGAAUCUAUCAAGGCAGCUAAUCAGGCUAAAUUAAAUGAAGAUGGAAACACUAGUACUGCACCUGAACCAACACCGUUAGAUGAUGAUGAAACAUUUACUAAAGCUUUACACAAGGCAGGAAAACAUAUGGAGAACAGUAUUGUAGCAUCAUAUAUAGCUCUAUUAUUAGGCUGUCUUAUACGUGAUAAUAAAGAUUAUGUCUGUUCUGUAAAAUGUUAUCUUCCCGAUGAGAGCUUCGACCCCAUGAUAAAAACACUCAAGAAAUUCCUUGGUUUUAUGAAUUUAACAAUUGCUAUUGGUAAUACAGGCGGUAAAUCAAUAGCUAGAGUUAUAGAGGUGUUAGAAUCUUGUUAACAACGUGUAUUACAAGACAAUAAAGUGCUAUAUACACACCCUCAGUAUAUUUAUUAUCAUAACAUAAACACAAGAAUGGGUACAGAACCAGUUAACAACAGUUAUCUUUGGUACAACUUCAUUAUGGCAUGCCAUAAACUCCGGGAGAAUUAAAUUUUUCUCAUUUAAUCUUAAUUUUUAUUUCCUGGUCAGUGUUUGCGGAAGAGGAUACUUGACUUUAUACAGGGUGUCAGAAUUAAAUGAUGUCACUGAUUAAAACAAACAUGAUUUUGAAUUCUUUAUAAAUAAACAAUUAUUAAUUAUAGUAUAUAUCAAAAGUUGAAAAUAAAAUCUGCACUGAUUCUACCCCCUACCAGAUAAGCCUUGAUAUGUGACAAUUUUUAAGAUAAAAAGAUUAAGAUUAAAAGAAUUGUGUAUUGUUUUGAUUAAGUUUUUUUGUAUUGUACAUAUUGAGUCCUUGUGACAUGUUAAAAAAUAUAUAAAAUAUAUAUCUUUAAUCAAUCUUAUAUAUUUACAUACAUUUAUCUAUAUCAUCAGUUUCAUUGUUGUCUUACAUCAGUCAAUAAGUUUUGAUAUAUUCAUCCGUGUGCAUGGGGUUAUGAAUAAAAAAUAAAAUUAAAUUUGACACUCUCGUCAUUUGAGUUUAGGAGUUUAGUUUUAGAAUCUUGCACGCUUUUGACUGUUGUAUAUUUGCUUAUAUUGAGUAGAUUUAAUUUAUAAAAUAAUAUGAAAAGGAUAUGAUUUAAGUAUUUUUGUAUUAAAGCUCUGUUAUUAUAUACAUUUUCAUCAUAUUCAAAAAUCAUAAAUCAAGGAUAAUUAAUUUUGAGGUUAACCAGUUAGAUUUUCUUGUUCGUUAAUCAUGAUUUAUUUUUUGGUUCUGUAUAAAUUUUACAAUUGUGUACUAAUGUCAAAUAAAAAUUUGUUAAUCUGUGAAAAUAUGAUCAUUUUUAUUUCAUAUGCUCAAUCAUAUCCUGGCAUUGUGUAAAUAAAUCUAUCUAUAUACCUAUUCAUUAUGCAUGAUGAUUUCUAGUUAUUUUGUGUGUUUAUUUUCCAGACUAUCGUCCUGGUACGGUUGUAUAUAAUACAUAGUCACCUAUUAAUCUAUGUAAAUAAUGUUUUGUUGGACAACUGUGGUCGAUUAAAUGGAUGUUACAUUCUUAAUUUUCAUAUGUGCAUUGUCUUGAAGAAAAAAGCAAAGUAAAAGUAGCAUCUGAAAUAGUUAAUAUAACGUAGUUUGAAGUGUAUGGUAAUAACUUUGCACAGAUGCUCAAUAAGGUAACUGGUAUUUUCUGUUAAUAACGAUAAUUUAAGAGUUUUGUAUACAAAUGUUUGAAAAAAAUCAUGAAAUGGAUACUUGGAUUUCAUAGUGGUAAAAGUAUAUUUCUAUUUGUUUUAUAUGGUAAAAAUUUACUUACCAUAAUUAAAUUAUGUGAUUUACGAUCUAUUCUAGAAAUACUUUGUGAAAGAAUUAACUAAUAGAAACUAGUAAUCAGAAUAAAUUGUUUCUUUGAAAUCAUCUUGACAUAAAAUCAUCUUGAAUUAAGCAAAAAACCGGAAAGGUAGUCCAUAAACUGUUAUAUUUCCAAUAUUUAUGCUUAUUUAAAAUUGAUAAAUAGAUUGAAAUGAUUAUUCUGGGAUUGCAUAUUUUAUCCUAGAUACGCAAUUCAAGUAAAUCCAGAAGAUUUCAAUUCAAACUGAAAAUAAGAUUAUUGAUAUUCUGUGUAUUCAGGCAGUGGGUAUAUUUUCUCUAUGAUAAACAAUGUAACACAUAAUUGAAUUGAAAAUAAAAGGUAGUUUUUAUGACAACUAUCCUAUUAUUUGAUCAUAUAUAAUUGUGUAUAGAUAAUCUAGUAUUGAGGACUGUAUAUACAUAUAUACCUACAUUUAGAGUGUCUAAAUGUUAUAAAGAUAUUUUUAUCAAACUAAA